AUGGUUCGCUUAGGACUUACAGCUCUGCUUUUCGCAGGGCUGUCAUUUGCUCAGGAUGAGCUGUCUCAACCUCCCCAGCCUGAACAGGGCACCGUGGCUCACCUUCCCGGUGCUUACAUCUUCGAGUUCGAGGAGAGUCAGGAUACUUCUCUUUUCUACAAGGAGGCUGAUGACAAGUCUACGACGCGUGUCAAGUUCGACUACGAUCUCUUCAAGGGCGUUUCCAUCCAGUUCGAUGAUGUCGCCUCUGCUGAGGACCUGGCUGCCAAGAUGGCUAGUCUCCCCGUCGUCAAGAAUGUCUGGCCUGUCAAAGUCUACGGCAUUCCUACACCUCGUGUCGAGUGGACUGCUGAGCCUGGCAUGAAGGCUCCUCUUUCCAAGAGAGCUGCUAACGAUACUGCUGAUACUUUCUCGCCGCAUGUCAUGACUCAGGUUGAUAAGCUGCGCAAGAAGGGUAUCACUGGACAUGGUAUCAAGGUCGCUGUUAUCGACACUGGUAUCGACUACAAGCACCCUGCCCUUGGUGGUUGCUUCGGUCCUGGCUGUCUCGUUUCUUUCGGUACGGAUUUGGUCGGUGAUGACUACGAUGGUUUCAACGCUGUCUACCCCGAUGACGACCCCAUGGAUUGUGGUGGUCACGGUACCCACGUCGCUGGCACCAUCGCCGCUCAAACCAACCCCUUCGGUUUCACUGGUGCUGCUCCCGGAGUCACUCUCGGUGCCUACCGAGUCUUCGGUUGUGGCGGUGAGGCUGGUAACGAUGUCCUCAUCGCCGCCUACAACCAAGCUUACCAGGACGGCGCCGACAUUAUCACUGCCUCCAUUGGAGGUCCCAGCGGUUGGUCCGAGGAGCCCUGGGCUGUCGCCGUUUCUCGAAUCGUCGAGAAGGGUGUGCCCUGCCCUGUCUCCGCCGGUAACUCUGGCGAUGUUGGUAUGUUCUACGCCAGUACCGCCGCCAACGGUAACAAGGUUAUGGCUAUCGCUUCCUACGACAACAGCGAGUACAUCUCUCUUCUCAAGCAGCACUACUACACCGUCGACAGCAGCGACAAGAAGAUUGGCUUUGGUAUGACUGCUGGUACCCCCGGUGAUUGGGAUGAUGUCAAGCUACCCAUCUGGGCACCCAGCCUGGAUACUACUGUGGCUGAUGGCGGUUGUGACCCCUACCCUGCCGAUACCCCCGAUCUCAGCAAGUUCAUCGUCCUUGUUCGUCGUGGAACCUGUACUUUUGUCCAGAAGGCUCAGAACGCUGCCAAGGCUGGAGCCAAGUACAUCAUCGUCUACAACAACGCUGGCGGCGCCAACGAGAUCAACGUCUCUGAAGUGAGGGAAAUUGUUGGUUCUGGCAUGGUUACCGCCAAGGUCGGUGCUCAAUGGAUCGGUCUUUUGAAGGAAGGCUCCAAGGUCACUCUUCAGAUGUCCAACAAGUCCGAUGGAGACGUUAUCAUGGAGGAGAGCAAGAACGACAAGACUGGUGGUGCUGUCAGCACUUACUCUUCUUGGGGACCUACUUGGGAGAUGGACGUCAAGCCCCAGUUCGGUUCCCCCGGUGGCAACAUUCUUUCGACCUACCCUCUUGCCAAGGGUGGCUAUGCUGUUCUCUCUGGAACUUCCAUGGCUUGCCCUCUCGUCGCCGCUACCAUCGCCCUUAUCGCUGAGGUCCGUGGAACCCUCGACCCUGAGACCAUUGAGAACCUGCUGGCUUCGACCUCCAACCCUCAACUCUUCAACGAUGGCACUGGUUUCUCUGACUACCUCGCUCCUGUCCCUCAACAGGGUGGUGGUAUGAUCCAAGCCUACGACGCCGCGUACUCUACCCUCUUGACUGAUGUUUCCAGUCUGUCCUUCAACGACACCGAUAACUUCAUCAAGGUUCGCAACUUCACCCUCCACAACACUGGCAAGAAGGAGGUUGCCCUCAGUGUUUCGCACAUUCCUACCAAGAGCGUCUACACUCUUGAGAAGGACAGCAUCUAUGCUUCUGCCUUCCCCAACGAUGUUGUUGAAGCUCAUGCUGAGCUCAAGUUCAGCGAGGCCAAGGUUUCCCUGGCUGCUGGUGAGAAGGUCACUAUCGAGGUUAUGCCUACUGCUCCUGAGGGUCUUGAUGCCAAGCGUCUCGCUCUUUGGUCUGGUUACAUUGCCAUCAACGGUACUGACAUCUCUCUGUCCCUUCCUUACCAGGGUCUGACCGGCUCUCUGCACGACGCUACUGUUCUCGGCUCCGACGACACAUGGAUCGCCAAGUCCAACGACAAGGACAAUCUUACUCCCGUCCCCGCCAACACAACCUUCAUCCUCCCCGUCAAGGGCCAGAACGCCACCGCCACCCAGCCCGCCCCUGCUUUGGCCUGGAACCUCGCUCUGGGAUCAGCCAAGCUCGAAGCUGAGCUCUUCCCCGUCGGUGCUAACUCUACCAAGAGUCUUGGCGCUCCUGCUGGAUUCCCUGUGCAGUGGAACCCCAUGGGCAAGGGCAACAUUGUUUGGAACGGAAAGCUUGCUGAUGGUGGAUAUGCCCCUGCUGGAAAGUACAAGGUCAAGUACCAGGCUUUGAGAAUCUUUGGUGACGAGAAGGUGGAGAGUGACUGGGACAAGUCCGAGUCGCCUGUUUUCAGCGUCAAGUACCCUUGA